CAGGCCUCUUGUAUACAUUCCCUAGCCAGAGCAUAAAUCUGAUGGUACUCCAUUGGCUGCCAUUUAGGGUUCUGGUUGGGGAGGAUAUGUCUGAACAUGUCCCUGCCUGAAUCUUUUUUGUAUAUUGAACAGCACUCGCCAAAAAAACAAAGAAAGAAAUGGUUGGGGAGGGCAGGGCAGGAUAUGUCUGAACAUGUCCCUGCCUCUUUUAAAAUAUUCAACAGCACUCACCAAAAAAAGGAAGGAAGGAAGGAAGGAGGUUCCACCAAAGAUGAUGAGCAAUACGGAUGAAGAACUGAGCGCCCUCGAGAUCUCUGAAGAUAAUGAAGGGCCUGUUCAACCCCGUCAGGCUGGGAGAGCCACUUUUUCACUCUCAAAGGCUUUGGACCCAUAUCUCAUCCCAAAGGAGGAGGUUCUCACAACUCAGGCAGUUAGAAACACAGUACCUGCCGGCAUAAGCCAGAGAGGUGAUGAUAAUAUAGUGGACCUGACAAAUACCCAGGGUGGGUUGCAGAAUCUAGCUGAGAGUGCUCUAGAGGAAGUAUCUGAAUCUGCCCCCAUACGGCUAAGUAGGUUGAAGAGAAAAGCAAAGAUUAAGGAUGUGGAAUUCCAAGAACAGCAGCAACCCAAACACGAGACACUUGGAGGCUCCAAUGUGGUGGGCCAGCCACCCAACAAAAAGCCCAGAAGGGUCUGCCAGGAACCUGAACAUGAAUUUGGGAUCCGUGAUGAGCAGGCGCUGAAUCUUCGUGCUAAUGAGUUCUUGGCCAGCAUGUCGCGGGCUACAGAAUACAUGCAAACAUUAAUAAGGGAUAAGGCAGAAGCCAUAGAACACAUGACAGAGGCUGAGCAACAUUGUGAGCAAGCAGUGCGCAUCAUUCAAAAAGAAAAGGACUUGGUUAGGGAUAUUACACAUCAGCUGCAAGCUCUAAUAAGAUGUGGAACCACAAUGUGUGAUUUUGUAAGAAAUAAAAAUGAUCAACCUUACCCUGUCUGCACACAGGUGGGGGGAGGGAACAUGUCACCCGGUCAACAAGAGGGUUCCGGGAAUGCUCCUGAUUCUGAUACAGUGUCUGAACCUCCUGUAGAGCCACAUAGUGUUGCCGGCUGUCACAUUACACCACCUGAGCAGUGCGAUACCCGCAAUGGGGCCUAA